AUACAGCCUGAGGGAGAACAGCACCUGGGUCUGCUUUGGGGGCUCCUACCCCGGCUCCCUCGCCGCCUGGCUCUGCCUCAAGUUUCCCCACCUGGUCUUCGCUGCUGUCGCUUCCUCCGCCCCAGUACGGGCCCAGCUGGACUUCACAGGCUACAACCAGGUGGUGGCGGCGAGUCUGUCGGACCCGGUGGUGGGGGGCUCUGCCCUGUGCCACGAGGCCGUGGCGGGGGCUUUUGCGUCGGGCGGCUGGCCGAGCUGGAGAAGGAUUUCCGCUCCUGUGGGCCCCUGGCGGAGGCCGGUGACCGUGAGGAGCUGGCCGGCAACCUGGCCGACAUCUUCAUGGGCGCGGUGCAGUACAACGACGAGGGCUUCGCAGGGGGCACUGUGGCCAAGCUAUGCCGCAUCAUGACCGACGUGGGCCUGGGCUCCCCCUAUCAGAGACUCCUCGCCGUCAAUAACGGGUUCCUGGAGAGCAUGGCGCUGCCCGCCCCCCCCCCCGCCUCGGAGCCACUAAGGCAGCGCUUCCUCCGGUACCUCUGCAGCCGGUUCUACGACAUCGAGUCCCUCGUCGACUGGAGCGCAAAGCUUCACUUCAAGAACCUGCGCCGCAAGAACGCGUACUGCGGUUACACCAGAAAUCUCUACGGAGACAACAUCGCCGCAGCCUACUUUGCCCUGUCCCUCCAUGGCGGAGUGAGGUUUCAGGGCCAAGAGCGCUGGUUCCGUGCGGAGCGGCACGGGACGUUCAACUCCGAUUUCCUGCAGUUCCGAGACGUCCCCGUGGAGGCCAUCGACCUCGCUGGCUCCGUCGUGAACUACCACGGGCUGGAUAACCUAGUGAAGCUGACGGCGCUGAAGUCCCUGGACCUGAGCCGCUGCCCCAAUGUUGACGAGUGGGCCCUGAGCCGGCUGCACGUCUUCGCGGAGACCCUGGAAGAGCUGUCCCUGGCCGGGUGCCCCCAGGUCACGGAGCGGGGCCUGGCCUGCCUGCAGCAGCUGGAGAACCUGCGACGCCUGGACCUCUCGCACCUGCCCGCCGUGCCCUGCCAGGGCCUGCUCCGGAUCCUGGUGGAGGAGAUGCUGCCGGGCUGCGAGGUCGUGGGACUGGACUCCGGCGCCCAGACAAGCCAGGAGGAGGAAGUCCCAGCCUGAAGCCUGGCUGCACCGCCCCCUGCUGGAAGAGGGCGGGAAGAGAUGGCUGCUCCCGCGCUCCCUGGGAUUUGAGCCCCCUGCUUUGGUCUCAAAGGGCCGGAGAUCGCGGCCACAGCUGAGUCGU